AUGGCUCAGGAGGAUCGCUUCGUUCUCGGAAUGUGGAUAUACGAGUUUCAAAAUUUGGACCAGUUCACGCACUACGUGAUUCGGAUGUGUUCCCCAGGCCUGCCAACUGAACUGGAACAAAUAAUUGUCUUUGCUGGCCUGUUCUGGCUGUUUUGCGAGUGCUCGAGCCUAGUCGAAGAUGCUAACGUGAAGAAAGACUACGAGGAGCAAGCGUUCCUGUGCCGAGAUAACCUCGAAACUGUUCUGCUAAAUAUUCGCUUUCACGUUGGUUCAAACAUGGACCUUGUAUAUGCCAUGAGCAUGGCUGCAACAUACUGCUUACAAAUCUCAAAGAUAUCGAUGGCUUGGAUGUUUAUUUGUACCGCUGUCCACAGCGCGCAAACCCUUGGAUACCACAGUGCUGUUCCUCUUCAGCCCGAGUCAAACGAAAAGAAAAGUCAGACCACUUGGUUAUUCUGGGCCAUCUAUUCAACCGAAAGACUAUUGGCUUUACGCAUCGGGCGAUCAUCGAACGUUCGAGACCACGAUAUAACCAUCCCGCCCGUGCAAGCAAGUAACAACUGCGAUACUUAUCUUCGUGCAGUUUUUCCAACAUGGAUAAAAACAGCACAAAUUCAAGGGAGUCUCUAUGAUGAUCUGUAUAGCCCCGGUAGUCUUUCGAAGACGGAGCACAGCCGUGUAUCGCGAGCAUAUGAGUUGGCGGCAGAGAUAAAAAAGAUCAUGGACAUUGAGGCUGAAGUGCAGCGGAGGUUUAUUGAAGCUUGGGGACAGAAUCAACCACGUGGCCCCAAUUCACUGAUUUGGAAAAUCGACCGCGUUAUCAACCUGUCUACACUGACUCUUGUGUACCGUAGCAUCAAGCCAAAUGUUCCCGGACGAAGCAUAUCGGGCGAGUGUCUCGAGGUCGCCAGAUCUGCCAUGUCUGAAUUGAGCUCGACGCUGGUCUUAUUUAGCAGAGAAGCCAAGAACUCAAUUGGCGCGAGCCUUCAUGUCAAUUGGUCACUUGUCCAGGCCCCUUUUGUGCCGUUCACCACACUCUUCUGUCACGUUAUUGAGACGUCUGAAGCCUCCGAUCUCGAGUAUUUACGGGAUUGCAUUGACAGCAUAGAGUCGAUGGUUGCAUGCGUCGUGGAUGCCGCACCGAAAAAUUACCUCCGUCUGUUCAGGGCGUUGUACGAUGCUGCUGUCAGAUACCUUGAUGCGAGGUCCAAAUCAGACCAGACAUCGGGCCAAACAGACCUGUCUCAGCCGUGGGCUUCUGAGAAUCCUAUGAAUGCCACAGCAGUGACACAGGCUUCUGGGAUCGUGCCCUUGACCCUACCCCAAUUCCCUCAACCUGACUCUGGCGACUAUCAGCAGGCGCCAAGUAGCAUCGUCGCUACAAGCACUCUAGAGUCCCAAGAACAACUAUCCCUUGGGCUAUUUGGAGCAGGUGUGGACCCUCAGAGUUCAAACCUUGGAAGCUGGUAUUAUAACCAUCAUCAGCUAAUGCGGAUGUUGGAUGAUAUGUAA